AUGUCUUGGCUUAUAACCGAUGUACGAAUCUUUGAUGGUGAGCGAGUUACGCUGGAAAACGGCUUUGUUGUUGUCAAGAACGGCUGCAUCGAGAAUAUUUCGCCCAAAAUGCCCGUCAAUAUUCCAGAAGGAUGUCAUCAUAUCUCAGGCUUGGGUUGCACGCUUUUGCCAGGUUUCAUUGACUCACACGUGCAUGUGUAUAACGACGCUAGUUUCCUUGCGAAGGCUCUCCGAUUUGGCGUAACGACCUUACUUGAUAUGCAUAAUGAACCUUACUGGUUCAAGGAGAUGGAACGGCUAUCUAGUUUCCGGAAUGACGUAGCCGAUAUUAGAAGCGCUUGUCACGCUGCCACUGUCAAGGGUGGCUGGCCUUCCGCUAUUAUUCAGCUAAGUUCAGAUGAUGCGGAGACCCGUACAAGACUCGAAAAAUGGCCGAAUGUUGUGGAUAGGGUAUCAGCGGAAGCGUUCGUGGAGGAAAAUAAACGCUUAGGAGCAAGCUUCAUAAAGCUUAUGCAAGAGAGUGGCGUGCCAUUUGACCUUCCCUUUUCAUGCUCUCCGGUGCCAACGCCUUCGAGAGAGGUACAAAAAGCAAUUGUCGACAAAGCUCAUUCCUACAACAUGAUUACAGUUGGCCAUGCACUCUCGAUUAGAGAUACAUUAUUAUUAUUGGACUCUGGAGUAGAUGGUUUUGCUCAUGCUUGUUGUGAAGAACUAAGCGGAAGGGAUUUAUCGGUUUUCUGCGACAAAAGACCAUUCGUAAUUCCGACACUGGUCAUCCAAGCAUCUGCAGGGAGUGAAGAGAGUGAGAGUCGGGAAUUCUUCUCUCAAGAUUUAAGCAAGGAGGACAGUACCCAUAUGUGUGAAUGCCUUGGAAUCGCGAGGAAGGAUUUUACCAUGAAGAAUGCGGCCCUAAAUGUUCGACUGUUCAAAAAGGCAGGCUUGGAUAUUGUUUGUGGGACGGAUUCAUCUAGUCAUCUAAAAGGUGUCUUUGCCGGUGCUUCCCUCCAUCACGAACUCUGGCUUUAUGUUAAUCGAUGCGGAUUCACACCAAUAGAAGCACUGCGGUCAUCGACCUCUGUGCCUUCCCGAAUAUUCAAGCUCCAUGAUCGUGGGAGUAUCAAACCUGGACUCAAGGCAGACUUGGUACUUGUCAGAGGAGACCCUACUAAGAAUAUUGAGUGUACACGAAGCAUCCUUGAAGUGUGGAGAAAUGGGGUGAGAUUGUCAUCAGCUGGGGACGAAGGAAACAAGAGCGAACCAAGUCACUGA